CGGGCAGCGCGGGGCGGCGCGGAGCGGUGCGGGCAGCGCGGGGCGGGGGCAGCGGCAGCGCGGGGCGGUGCGGAGGCUCUGCCUGUGCCGCUGCGCUGCCUGUGCCGCUGCGCGCUGCCGGGCGGUCCGGAGGAGGGAGGGGAGAGCGGGUGCAGCCCCCUCCCCUGCCCGCCCUCCUGUCGCCGCCGGCGCGGCGCGGAGCGGAGGGGCGUGGAGAGGCGGCCCCGCGCGGCGGCUGCCCGCGCGGGCAGGGCAGGCAGGGCAGGGCAGGGCAGGCUGCGCGCGGCCGCCGGCAGGGAUGAGCCCCCGCCAGGGAUGAGCCCCCGCGGCGCGGCCCGCUGAGCUCCGCCGCCAGCAGCCCCCGGGCCGGGCCGGGCUCGGCGUCCCCCGCCCCAAGAGCCGCGGCGGGGCCCGCCGGGGAUGCGGGGGGGAACCCGCCGCGGCGCUCCGCCAGACACCAAGACAACCUGUGAAGAAGCUCCAUGAAGGUGACCAGCCAUGCAAUGUUCCUGGAAGGCUGUCCUCCUACUAGCCUUGGCAUCCAUAGCGAUCCAGUACACAGCAAUCCGGACCUUCACCGCCAAGUCCUUCCACAGCUGCCCCAUCCCCAACCCUGUGAACUGCAGCCUGAGCCAGGACACCGAUGCGGCCGACAGGCUGUGCGACGAGAGCCCCACUUUUGCGUAUAACCUCUCCAGGAAGACGCACGUCCUCAUCCUUGCCACCACCCGCAGCGGCUCCUCAUUUGUCGGGCAGCUGUUUAACCAGCACUUCGAUGUCUUCUAUUUAUUUGAGCCCCUCUACCACGUCCAGUACACCCUGAUCCCAAAGCUGACCCAGAGCAAGAGUACGACGGACAGGCGGGUCAUGCUGGGCGCCAGCCGAGACCUGCUGAGGAGCCUGUACGACUGCGACCUCUACUUCUUGGAGAACUACAUCAAACCCCAGCCUGUCAACCACACCACCGACCGCCUCUUCCGCAGGGGAGCCAGCAAGGCCCUGUGCUCGCCGCCCGUCUGCGAGUCCCUGGGAGCCGUCGAUCUCCACCUGGAGGAGGGAGACUGCGUGAAGAAGUGUGGUACCUUGAACCUGACGCUGGCCACCGAGUCCUGCAGAGAGCACGGCCACGUGGCUAUCAAAACUGUGCGGGUGCCCGAGGUCAGCGACCUCCGGGCCCUGGUGGAGGACCCGCGGCUGAACUUGAAGGUCAUCCAGCUGGUGAGGGACCCCCGGGGGAUCCUGGCGUCCCGGAGCGAGACUUUCCGGGACACUUACCGGCUGUGGAGGAUCUGGGACGGCACUGGCAGGAAGCCGUACAACCUGGACGUGACCCAGCUCACCACAGUGUGCGAGGACUUCUGGAACUCUGUGUCCACCGGCCUCAACCGGCCGCUGUGGCUCAAGGGCAAGUACAUGCUGGUGCGGUACGAAGACCUGGCCAGGAACCCCAUGAAAAAAACCGAGGAGAUUUACGAUUUCCUGGGCAUCCCCAUGGACAGCAACGUCGAGCGCUGGAUACAGAACAACACCCGAGGAGACAGGUCCUCCUCCAAACACAAGUAUGGGACGGUGCGUAACUCGGCGGCGACAGCGGAGAAGUGGCGGUUCCGGCUGUCCUACGAGAUCGUGGCGUUCACCCAGCACGCCUGCCAGCAGGUGCUGGCGCAGCUCGGCUACAAAACCGCCAGCUCCGAGGAGGAGCUGAAGAACCUCUCCAUCAGCCUGGUGGAGGAGAGAGACUUCCUGCCCUUCUCCUAAGGCAGCCCCGGGGGGUGCUGGUUUUGAUAUGGACCAUUUCUAACUGUUGCCUUAUUUUCUUUUGUUUUGUUUCCCCCUCCUUUCUCUCUCUUGUCUUUUUCUCUCCAAAAUUUGCACUAAACCUUGAGUGGGAAUCAGAGUCCAGGGGAAGUGAUUGCUGCCCCUCAACACGUUUCGGACGCAAGAGGAAUCGGGUCUCUCCAAGCAAGAGCUAGAACUGUGGACGGGUAACAAUGUUUACAAAACACACAAAAUGUAUAAAAGCAACCUUCAAGCUUUCCAAACCGAAGGGUACCUGAGGUACUGUACUUUUGCACUGUUUACUUUUACAAUGUAAGAGGUAAAUAUAAAUAUAAUUUAUGAAUGGUGGUGUCCCCUCCAGAGUAACUCCCCUUGCCCCUGAUGAGCAGGUUAGACUGGAAGCUGAGCGUGGAACAACCUCCUCGUUUUUGAUCUCGGUGCAACAUGUCUGUUUGUUUAAGUCCUGUUAUUGGGCUGGGCAGUUGAUCAGCUGCUCGUACAUGGUUGUUUGGUAACACCUGUGAUAUUUCUUUGUGCCAAAAACCCACAAAAGAAGAAAAAAAAAAAAGGGAAAAAAAGUGAUUGGGUGGUUUGGUAAAAGCCCAACACAUUUAAUGCUUUAUUUCUGUGUUUUCUGUAAAUAAAAGUGCAAUAAAACUGA